AUGCAGGAGCAGGAAUACAAUCGCAGAGCUAAGGAGCUGGUGGACUACAUCACACAGUACCUGGGCUCCGUCAGAGACAGGAGGGUGACUCCAGAUGUGGAGCCCGGUUACAUGGAGCAGCUGCUGCCGGCCACGGCGCCCUCAGAGCCCGAGGACUGGGAGAGCAUCUUCAGCGACAUCGAGAGAGUCAUCAUGCCGGGAGUGGUUCACUGGCAGAGCCCUCACAUGCACGCCUACUAUCCCUGCCUGACCUCGUGGCCCUCCAUGCUCGGGGACAUGCUCGCCGAUGCCAUCAACUGUCUGGGAUUCACCUGGGCCUCCAGCCCAGCGUGCACCGAGCUGGAGAUGAACGUGUUGGACUGGUUGUGUAAAGCUCUGGGACUCCCCGCCUUCUUCCUGCAUCAGCAUCCUGAGAGCAGAGGUGGAGGAGUCCUGCAGGGCACGGUCAGUGAGAGCACGCUGGUCGCUCUGCUGGCAGCCAGGAAGGACAAAAUCCUGCAGCUGCGGGCCGAGCUGGACCAGGACGUGGACGACUCGUUCCUGAAUGCACGACUGGUGGCCUACGCUUCAGAUCAGGCUCAUUCGUCGGUGGAGAAGGCCGGUCUGAUCUCUCUGGUGAAGAUCAGGUUCCUGCCCAGCGACGAGCAGCUCACUUUGAGAGGAGACACUUUGAAACGAGCCAUAGAAGAAGACAGGAGCAGAGGACUGGUUCCCUUCAUGCUCUGUGCAACGUUGGGAACCACAGGAGUGUGUGCGUUUGACCAGCUCUCUGAACUGGGACCAGUGUGUUCAGAGGAGGGACUGUGGCUCCAUGUGGACGCUGCCUACGCCGGCUCAGCGUAUCUCUGUCCUGAGCUCCGCUGGUCACUAGAGGGCGCUGAAUUCGCUCACUCGUUCGUCUUCAACCCUUCCAAGUGGAUGAUGGUUCAUUUUGACUGCACAGCUUUCUGGGUGAAAGAUAAAUUCAAACUCCAGCAGACGUUCACUGUCGAUCCCGUUUAUCUCAGACACGAAAACUCUCAGGACGCCACUGACUUCAUGCACUGGCAGAUUCCUCUCAGCCGACGUUUCCGUUCCAUCAAACUCUGGUUCGUCCUGCGCUUCUUCUUAGAAUUUGGGUGUAGAUCUUUCUUCUGUUGGUUUCAGGGCAUCGAGAUGGCAAAGCUGUUAGAGGCUCAUGUACGGAGGGACCCACAUUUUGAGAUUCCUGCUGAGAGACACCUCGGCCUCGUGGUCUUCUGUCUGAAAGGAGGAAACUCUUUGACCCAGGAGCUGCUGACGAGACUGACCCGGUCCGGCACCGUGUACCUCAGCCCGGCAGACGUCCGCACCAAACGCGUCAUCCGCUUCACGGUGACGUCCCAGUUCACCACUGCAGAUGACAUCCUUAAGGACUGGGGCCUCAUCGCCGACAUGGCCGCCGCUCUUCUGGCUGAGCCGCAGGGUCUGAACGACUCUGAGAACCAAACCCAGGUGACGGGGGCGACAGAAAACAAAGACCCAGAGUUUGCUGCGUCCAGGCUGGACAAAGCUCAGCUGGGGCUGUGGGUCGAGGCCUGGACUCGAUGGAGGAGACUGAUGUGCUGUCUGAGCUGUAACAGGGAACCUCUGACCUGCACAUGCACUCGGCCGCUGUCUGGAUACGACCACGACACAAGUCCGAGUGUUAGAGAUGCAGCAGAUGUUGUCCCCACUCAGACAGCUAACCCUAACCCACAGGAUCCAGUUGUGUGUUUCAGAUUGAAGAUGUGUUCAAAUCUUCAGGAUGAACAGGGCCAGUGAAAAGUAUAUUAAACUAUUACUGCUGUUGACUAAACUGGUCUUCAUAUGGUAAAAAUAUAUUUGUAUGUUUUAUAUGAAUAAAAGUUGCUGCAGUACAUUGUAAAUAUGUUUAAUAUAUAGUUGUAGUAAUAGUAAUGUGGUAAUGUGGUAGUCGUGUGGAAAAUACAUUUCAGGUACAUAAGCUCUGAAGUCCUGGAAGGUGAGUUUCUUUAUUCAAGUUAACUUGAACAAGUUGACUUGUUAAAUUCAGCAAAUGAUGUUUGUAGAAGAUAAAUAUGUACUGAGAGAUAUUCAAGAUUAUAAUCCCGUUUGCACAGGACGAAAAAACGUUAUGUAAAAAAGAUAAAUAGAUAUAUGGAUAUAGAUAGAUAGAUACAAACUGUAUUAAGUAUUUAAC